AUGCCUACCACCAACAGUAACAUCGUUAAAACGAUCAGCAAUCCCAAUCGGUUUAGUUCACAACCAGGUGGCGGUUUGAUGAAUAUGUCAGCAGUCGUAAAUCCAGCUCAACAAGUCAACAGGCUCGGAACAAUAAAUUCUGUAUAUCCGCCAACAUCGAUGCCUCAAAGAACUGCCGGUGCAAAUCCUUUAAUCGCGAGGAAUGGUGGGAGGAUUGCAUCUUGGAAUUAUACACCAGGUUCCUCUUUAGUGUCUCAGAGUAUUCCAUCACGACAAAACUUUCCAUCGUAUCCCAACUCGAUACAUAGCGUGCAUCCCACACAAACUGACUUACUGGAUAUGUCUGAAUUUCCGGCUUUAGGCAGUACUAAUGCAGCUUCGAAUAAUGCAUCCGCGAGCGGUCUUGGAUCAAGCUAUGCUAACACUGCGCAGAUAGGAACAAAUUCUGUGUUGAACGACAACAGACCACUACACCAGCAACAACCACCAUCGGAAUUCACGAUUGAUGAUUUUCCAGCUUUACCUGGCGCAUCAAAUAGUGUAGCAAAUCGUGGUGUUGUCGGUUCACAGCCAGUAUCACAUCAUCUUGUCAAUCAUCAGCCAAAUAGUAUGGAUGGGUUGAACAAUGGGAAUAAUAUUUCAACAGGCUUAUCAGCAUCCGGAAUUCAAGAAAGUCGGAUGAACGUCGGCGGACUUAGGCCACCCCCACAUCCUCCAAUCAAUUCUGUGUCCGAACAGGACAAAAAGAACUACUCUGCAAAAGCUGGAGGUACUGUACAAAUCUUACAAUCCUCUUCGAUGAUACCGCACUCAUUAACUGAGCCUUUCACUCCAACAACGCCAUACUCAACAUCAUCAUUAUUGGGUAUUCUACCAUCAUCAACAGUCAUAUCAAAUUUACAAUCAUCCGUAGGUGGUCCUUCGUUAAAUUCGUCAUCUUCAACAGCUGGUCUAGCAUCGGCUGAUGGAUUCGGAUUACUUGGCCUGCUAAGUGUAAUAAGAAUGACUGAUCCUGAUUUAAGCAUGUUAGCGUUAGGGAGUGAUCUUACAACGCUGGGAUUAAAUUUAAACUCGCCAGAUGCACUCUACGCAACAUUCACUUCACCAUGGUCAGAAAAUAAUCAGGCUGUUGGGUUAAUUGAGCCUGAAUACCAUCUACCGUCAUGUUAUAAUGUGCAACCACCACCACCAGCACAAUCAAAAAUAGGGUCAUUUUCAGAUGAAACGUUAUUUUAUAUUUUUUAUAGUAUGCCCCGAGAUAUAUUACAAGAAGCUGCUGCACAGGAAUUAUAUAACCGCAAUUGGCGAUAUCAUAAAGAUCUUCGUCUCUGGUUAACAAAAGAGCAAGGAACGGAACCAUUCACGAAAACUCAAGCUUUUGAACGCGGAAACUAUAUCUUUUUCGAUCCAAGUACUUGGGAGAAGGUUAAAAAGGAAUACAUUCUUAUGUACGAAGCCUUAGAGGAACGACCUACAAUGCUAAGCGCCAUGGGAGGAUCGUCUUCGUCUUCAAGCCUUUCUUCACUAACGACACCAACUUUACAGCAAGCAGCAGUUCAACAAAAUCUUGCAACAAAUUCAAUGAAUAUGGCAAAUCUUAUGAAUUUAGGAAAUUUAUCUUCGUCAGUUGGUGGAGCGAGUGGUCUAAACCCAGGCUCUCUGGCCGGUUUGGGCGCCGCGAAUCCUGCACAGCUGCAGCAACUACAUCAUCAAUAUCCUACGGGUGCGACAAAUUCAGGUUCACAUCAUCAAUUAGGUGGGCCCGGCCUUGUACAAGGUGGGCAUUACAUCGCACAGUGA